CACCAAGAAACAACACAAUAAUACAAAAUGCAGACAGCAAUCUGCUGAACUACACACAUUCCGCCUUCGAUCAACAUGUCUCUCCCUCUCCCGAGCCGAUGUCGCCAUUAUAUAAGCGGUACUUGUGGCUUGAUCCUCCCCGUCUCUUCUGGCUUCCUUCCUUUGCUCUCAACUUCCUUUUUUCUGGCGGGGCUGAAGGUGGCCAGCCGCUGGCCCACGAAGGCCGGCCGACAAAUCAUCCAUGAGGCUGGUCAAAUUAUCUUCUUCACUCGUCUCUGCUUGUCACUGGCGGUCGUGAGACGAAGUGUAGUGUGGGCUUGGGGGUGGGGUGGGGUUGGGUGUGGCGAGAAAAGACGUGGCCAAGGGUUGGAAGGGCUGGUGGUGAGGGAGAGGGUAGAGGAAAUUGGGGCUGAGAGCUUAAAGCUGGACCGUUAUGGCUCGUCGUUCGCUUUCCCUGAGCACACACAUGACACAGUUGUGAAGAGAAUGGCCCUGUAGAUCUCGUCAUCGAACACACCGGAGCUCCUUUUAGGGCUUGAAGCUGGGAGGCGGCCCAAAUGUUCCGUCCAGGGGGCGGCGCGCAACACCCACAAGGAACGGCUUCGGGGCAGGUGGCCGUCCUCCUGGAAGGAGUGUCUUCCUUGAGGGGAUGAGCUUCUUGGCUGAGAGAGACACAGAAGCAGACAGUGAAGUAUGAUGACAGACACACGGCUUGUCUUCCGUUGUAUCGUCUCAGCGCACCUCUUGUUUGCUCCGGCACCGACGGCAGCUUGCGCUUGGGCUUGGGCUUGGGCUUGGGUGUUGUCGCCCUCUCUCGCAGUCGCUCCUGGAACGUCUUUGACUUGUUUUUGAACUGAGAAGCCAACCAGGCCACCAUUAGAAAGUUGAGAGCUUCCAAUCGAAUGGCGCAUUGUGGUGCAGCCGACCUGCUGCCUGAGCCGCUGGCGCCGUUGGUUUGUUUCCGCAAUAUCCCUCCACGCCCGCUGGAAGGGCGUCUCCUCGCUGGCCCCCUCCUCUCCCUCGUCUGCCGUGUCCUGCGCCGCCGUCUCCUCGACAACCUCCUCCUCGCCCUCGGCUGCUGUGUCGUCAGAAGGCAGGCACUCAGUAGGUUGUCUAGUUGGUUCUUGAGUAUUCACUUCUUUUUUGACUGCCGGCUGACGAGGACAGUCGGAAAAAGAUAAUAUGCUGGCGGCAGAAAGCUGCAGUACCUUCUGCUUGGAGAAUGCAAGUGUUCGGGGCCGUCCUUCUGUCCGCAGGUUUCUCGGCUCGACAGCGUCAGAGGGCCCUCGUCUGCCGUCUCCUCGGCAACCCCCUCCUCUUCCUCGUCUGCCGUCUCCUGCACGGCCAUCUCCUCGGCAAGCUCGGCAGCCGUGUCCUCCGCCGCCGUCUCCCCGACCACCCCCUCCUGUCCCUCGGCUGCCGCCUCGACGAUCUCCUCCUCUCCCUCGGCUGCGGUGUCGUCAGAGGGCUGCUUGGGCAUGAUCUCUUCGUCCACGUCGAAUGCGUCGCGCAAGUUGAGGGCCGCCGAGUCGCUCAUCAAGCUCCCUGUUUUUCUCGGUGAGCGCCGCCCUUUGAGACGCAACCAAAGUUGCAUGCAUUGAUCUGAAAUGGAAAGGGC